GACUUUGAGCUGUGGGGCUGUCUUCUGGAUCAACUACAGAGGAUGCAUGGAGACUCGGGUGUCUGGGGAUUAUGGUACGCAUUGUGGGGACGAAAAUGCCUAUUCCGAAUCGACAGUCCACCAGCGAGACUUCUCUGGCAAACAAUUCUGGAUGCAGCUGUAAGAUUGAACAACGAGAAGUUCCUGGAUAGCGUUUGGAUCUACGCCGAAUGGAUGAAUGACAUCCACGAUACAAAAUGGCCAAAGCUGUACACCACCAUUGUCUCUCACUUUCUGAGCAAGCAUGAUCAUAAGAAUGCCUUGAGAUGGCACAUGCGCCUAACCCCCAAUUUCUAUCCUGGGUCAGAAACAUUCGCCAACAUCAUACGCCAAUAUUCCAGUGACAGAGUCCUGAAUUCAUCAUUGACUCUCCACUCCUUGUACGUUGCAAGUCCCGAGCGGAAUCUGUACGAUAUUCUCGUGCCUCACCUUUAUAACCUCGGAUACGAAGACUUGGCCCGGGGAUGGCGCAGGAUUUGCCUGCGCCAUAACGAUGAACCAAAACUACACUCGCUGAGUCGACCCUUCCUGAGAUAUAUGGCAGGGUUCUGGCAUGAAUGGGGAAACGCCAUGAGUGAACAGGAGCUUAUUGCACUGGAACGCUCCAACUCAGAGGAGGUGGGAAAUGUGCAAGCGGAGGUAUCCCGAGAGUUCAUGAAUCGUGUCCAUGGCGCAACUUUCGGAAUUUCAGCCAAGACUUACAAUGACAGCCUGGGUGCCAGGUGGUUCGCAACGUCUUGGGUUAGCCUUGACACAGCCACCUCUGUCAUUGCAGCAUUGGGCAUCAAACAGAUCGGACCGUUAUCUUUACAAUCUAUCGCGCUCAGGGAAGGUACUGCAGAAGGUUUCAUGGCCAGACUCGCUCACCUCGAAGAAUUGCGCAUCUCCAUCCCCGAUUCUAGCUACGUGAACACGCUACGAUACUUCGCAAAGAUGAGGGAUGAGGAAUUUCUCUUUGACAUAUUGGAAUGCGAUCUACAUCCGGACGUCUUUGACGACAUAAAACUGCACGGAAGGUUGAUGGACUCCAGCGCAGCGGCGGGGAAUUGGAGCGCUUAUAAGGCGCUGGUCGGUACCAGGCUUGCAACAAUCGACAAAACAACGGGCAAGGCCGCCAAUAUGCUGCUUCAGACACACAUACUUCAAGGCGACUAUCAAGGCAUCCAGAGGGUGCUUGACGAUAUGAGAGCUCUCAAGAUCACGCUAAACAAGGAGCUGAGCAAUCUCAUGUUUAAACUCAUUUUGGACAAAGUUCCACGUCAUCCCAAGGGCAAUAGACCACCCAAAAGCCUCAUUGAUUGCAUAUCUAUAUGUCGCCAGCUCAGCUCAUUUGACGUGCCAGUCCCCGUCAUCUGCUGGAAAACCAUACUCUACUGCCUUGGACGUCUCGGCCGCCUUAAUGAACUCCAUGAGCUUUGUCUCGAGCUGCUGGACUAUUAUACCAAACGGCGAUCCGCUCGACCAGGUUUCGUUCCAGUCCAUCUACUAGAUUUACCAGAGUCCAUGACGGAGCCCGUACAAGAUGUGGAGAACCUGAUGGGACUUUAUAUCCCCUCGACAACGCCCCCUAGGCUACCAUCCCAUCCUCUUUUUCAAUUGUUCGACAGCAAGUUUCAAGGGAGCAUGACCCGCUGGGCAUUCCGCCGAACA